UUAGAGUUAGAGGAAAGAAAUAGAGACAGCAAGUUUUGAAAAAUAAAAAGAGAGCUUUUUGAAGGAACAGAAAGAGAGAGAGAGAAGAGAGGAUGGGAGACGUUGUAUUGUUUGUGGAGGACUUGCAAUUAAAUUAUGCAAUAUCGCACUGUAGAAUUUGCCAUGAAGAAGAAUUUGAAAGCUGUAAAAGCCUGGAAGCUCCUUGUGCUUGCUCUGGCACUGUCAAGUUUGCCCACAGAGAUUGCAUACAGAGGUGGUGUAACGAGAAGGGAAACACAACUUGUGAAAUUUGUCUCCAGGAAUAUGGACCUGGAUAUACGGCACCUUCAAAAAAGUCUCAGCUGAUUGAGGCAGCAGUUACCAUUAGAGAUAGCUUGCAAAUUCCAAGAAGAGAGCAUGAGGAAGAAGAAAGCCCAAGAUUAGUGGGUUUAGCUGAAGGAUUAAGUUUAACAGCAGAAUCUCAGUACGCUGAAUGCAACUCUGUAGCGGAUAGAAGCGCCGCUUGCUGCCGGUCGUUGGCUUUAACAUUUACAGUUCUUUUGCUCCUCAAACAUAUCUUUGCGGUGCUAGCUGGAAAAACCGAAGAUUACCCAUUUGCACUUGCCACUAUACUUUUUCUAAGAGCUAGUGGAAUUAUACUCCCCAUGUACAUAUUGAUUAGGACAAUCACAGCGAUUCAAAACAGCAUUCGGAGGCAAUAUCAUGAUUCGGAUGAUGAAUUCUCAAUUUCUGAUGAUGAAGAAGAAGAUGAUGAAGAGGAACAGAUGCAUCAACAUCAGCAUCGUACAGUUUAACCACACUUCUAGGAAGUUUCAUUUGUAGUGAUGCUCGACUUUUCUAAAUUCCCACGUUUUAUGGGCACAGAUGAAAACCAAAAGAAAAUUUACACAAAUCCUUUUUAUUUCUCUCCCAUAAAAAAAUAAACAAGUAAUAAAUUCCCUAAAUCAAAAUCAUACAAACGCAGGU